UUGACGUCAUUAGAGCAAUUGUAAGACCCCCCUAAGGAAGCAAAGAGGAGACGGGGAAUAUAUAAAGGAGGAACGUUAGCUGUUCGACGGCUGCCACUGGAGCCCACAAAACGGAAAAGAAUCGAAAGUCGAGUGAAUGGCAGCAGCAAGAGUGCCAGUGUUAUAUCGCAGUGUCAUUGAAGAUGUUGUGGCUAAUGUACGAGAAAUAUUUUUGGAUGACGGAGUGGAUGAACAAGUUCUUAUUGAAUUGAAACAAGUAUGGGAAAAGAAGUUAAUUGAGUCAAAAGCAUUUGAACAAAGGGAUUCGGAUCCUGUUCUGAAUUCUGGAAAUGUUGUUACACAACAGUCUGUCAUUCAACGACAAUCUCAAGUACAACAACAAACAACAACUCAAAUUAAUCCUUCAGUGUGGUUAGCAGUUAUCCUUAGGCAUGGAAUUGCCAAUGUUUGUAGGAAGGAAGAUGAGAUAGACAUGAGUAGAGGAGAGGGUCAGAAAACUGUUGCCUUCACAAUGCCACAGAAAGUAACAAUAACUCUUCCUGCUCAUCAGAUAUCUCAAGCUGGACUACAAUCUGUUGUAUCGGGCCCUACCACAUUAACUAAUUUACCACCAGAGGUAGCUGCUACUCUGUUACAACAAGCUGCAUUGCAACAAGGUAGCAUUUUAAACACAGGCCAACAACAAUCAACCACUUUGCAGACAAGUGAUCAGCCAAUUGCAGGUAUUCAGUAUCAAACAUUAAUAUCCGAUCAACGACAAAAACAGUUAGUGACACAAGCCAACACAUCAACACAACAAGUAAGAACUAUUACUCAAGUUGAUGGCACCAAUGAUACUAGUGAUGACGAAGAAGAAGAAGAUGAAUUUCGUGAUGAUGAUGAAGUUUAUGAUGAAGAUGGGCAAAAUGAAGAAGAUAAUGACAUUCUGGCUGAAGAGGAGGAUCCGUUAAAUUCGGACGACGACGUCAGCGAGGAGGACCCCUCCGAUCUGUUCGAUACGGACAACGUGGUCGUCUGCCAGUACGACAAGAUCACCCGAAGUCGAAAUAAGUGGAAAUUCCACCUGAAGGACGGCAUCAUGAAUCUUCGCGGAAGGGACUACAUAUUUCAACGAGCGAUGGGCGACGCCGAAUGGUAACGUUUCCGGCCGGGCCGACUAUUCCUCCGAAGCAGUCUUUCACAAAUUAUUAAGAUAAUAUAAAACAAAAAAAAAAAACAACAAACAUCGUUUGGAACAUUUCGUAUUCCUUGUCACAAUUUCGCAUCGUCGUUUACAUCCCCGAAAGAGACACUCCGGCUCGCUGCUCCCGUAUUGUACAGUGACAGCCAAACACAUUAUUAUUAUUAUUAUUAUUAUUUUGCUGUCCGGCUAAUCACGUUUACUUUUUUUUUCUUUUGUACCGCUUUCCGUACUAACCUAUUUAUUGAUGUUACCCCCUUUGUAUUAAAGAAAGAAGUCUUCCCUUUUUUCGGUUCGUCCGGUAGACUCUCCGUAGAAUUGAGUGUGAUUAUGUAAAUAUAUAUAUCUUCGACGUAUUUCGUAUCGGAAGUGCCAAGUUACUGGCAAUAAUUUUUUUUGAAAAACAAAAAUUGGAAAGUUGGGCAUUAGGGUUUAUUACCGUAUGUAGCCUUUUUUUUCUUUCUUUUCCUCCCUCUUCCUCCUCCUCCUGUUUACUUUUAUGGGAUAAGAACUAUUCGUGUAUAUGAUUCUUUGUACAAAUUUGUGAGGAGUGAUGUAAUUCGAUAAUAAAUGUUAAUAUUUGAUAUUUAAGA